UGGCAUCAUCAUCAAAAACGGAGGGUCAAAGGUGGGAGGAGUUGCUUCAAAAUAGAUAUAAAAUUAGGCUUUUUGUGACAUUUAAGGAUUUUUGGUUAAAAGCUUCAUAAUCACAAUUAAAACAUAAAAAAAAAUCUCAUAAGGGGACGACAAUCCCAAUGAAGGAAACCUUUAUUUUGUCAAUUGUCCAUACAAGACAACAGCUCUUUCAAAGUAAAAUACAAAUGUUGUGUUCCAGUAUUUUAAUUUCUUAACGUAAUGGCGGUCUGUGUGUGUGUUAUUGUUUCUUACAGCUACAAAUACCGGUGCCAUCCUCUCAGAUCAGAUUAUAAACGUUGGGCACAUCACCAUGAUGAUCAACCACAGCAGUACUGAAGCAUGGACCUUCAUCAACGCUUCCAAUCACACCCUAACGGCCCCCACAAGAGCAGCUAACAGAAGCAGCAUGGAGGCAUAUCUUCAAAAGCUUGCACAUUUAGAUGAAGGACUCUACAAUGACUUUUAUGGCCUCUGGAUUACAUUGAUAGUCAUAAACUGUCUUAUUUUUCUAGUGGGCAUGAUCCUCAACACCGUUGCACUGUAUGUUUUCUGUUUCCGCACCAACCCAAAGACCUCCUCAGUGAUCUACACCAUCAACCUGGCCGUGACUGACCUGAUGGGGAAUCUGUCUCUGCCGACCCGUAUCCUGCUGUACUACAGCGGCGGCGCUUGCCUCACCUGCUCCUACAUGCACAUUUUCAGCUACUUUGUUAACAUGUACUGCAGCAUCUUGUUUCUAACCUGCAUAUGCGUGGACCGUUACCUCACCAUUGUGCAGGUGGAAGCUUCUCGACGCUGGAGGAACUCCAGCGUUGCCAAAUGUGUGUGCAUUUCAGUCUGGCUGUUUGCCAUCGUGGUCACAUACUCCUCUCUAUCGACUGCUUUCCAAAACACAGGCUGCUGCAUCGCAAAGCUUCUCGUUCUGACCAUCACAGAGUUCUUCUUACCUUAUGUCGUCAUUUUGGUCUUUACGCUACGCAUUAUGUGGGCCCUGAUUGACCGGCGGCUGAUGCAGCAGAGCAGGGAAAGAAGACAGAAAGCUGUUCAGUUGCUGGCCACUGUACUGGUCAUCUUCACAAUCUGCUUCACACCUUUCCACGUCAGACAGGUUUGGGUUUACUUCUACCCAGAUAUGCCGUAUAAUGUGAUUGUGUACCACUUAACAGUCACUCUCAGCAGUUUAAACAGCUGCAUGGAUCCUAUUGUUUACUGCUUUGUUACAAAUAAUUUCCAGGCUACUGUGAGACAUCUUUUCCGGCGUGCCGAGCCGGAGCGGACCAGUGGGGAAAUUGUCAGUGUGCAGCACAGCUCUAAGGCCUAGGGAGGGACAGCCACUCAUAAUGUGAUGGUGAUGAUGAAGAUUAUCGGCACAGUGCAAAGAGACAAUUGGAGAAAGAGUUGCAUGCUGUGAAACUGCUUUUUAUACUGUUUGCUUGGACUCUGCAAAAAUGCUGAUCAACUGCAGCUAGAAAAAGUUAUUUAAUGAAAUUUCUUUGAGAACAAUUUUGGAAUCCCUUCACAAUUAAAACAAAGUGUAAUUAAACUGUCUUUUAUUACAAAGGGGAUUUUUUUUCCAACUGAAUUUUCUAGACUUGUGUUUCAUAUCAGCACUAUAACACUUUUUUGUUUUGAAAAGCUGAAGAACCUUUUGCAUUUAUUGUCAAGAAAAAGCAGACGUAGGCAUUGAUGAUUAUGCAUUGCAUUAAAAAAAACUACAUA